ACAAAAGAUUCCUCUUUUUAUAUGAAGCAAAAGAUGAUCAAAAAGUACCAGCACCUGAGAACAAAGAACAGAAGUGACAAUAGUCAAUGCUAAGUGACAAGUCUGAAUCAGUCCUUGAAUUUAUUUUAGUCCAUAUGGGAGAUAUAUUUAAUCACAUUCAGAAGAAUGAAAAUCAUAUUCAGAAGAAUGAAAACUUGAAGUUGAAGUAACUUUUCUCCUGAAAAUUGAGAAUAUUAAAUACAACAAGAGGAAAAAAGGGAGGAAGACACAGUCAUCAAGAGAAUCCAUUAAAAUGUUCGCCAAAAAUAGCUUCAAUAUUUCAUGUGAAAUCCGAGCAUAAAUAAUUUGUUUUGUAUAAAGAAAAAAGUUAGACUCAGGCUAAUAUGUCAGAGGAACAAUGAACGUUAAUGCACUGACAAUUAGGAAAUGUGCAGGAAGGGAUUGAUCUGGGAUCCCCUACGGCCACCUUUCUAUGGACUUUCAUGUUCCAGCUCAAAAAAACAUAGCCACAAUACUUACACAUAGCUAAUGGGGGCGGGGGAGUAUAAAAUGGUAUAAUCAUUUUGGAAAAGUGGCAGUUUUGACCAUUUAUAAAUAUUUUACCCAAGAGUAAUAAAAGCUGCAUGUAUGCACAAAGCAGCUUUAUUCAUAACAGUCUCACACUAGAAACAACACAAAUGUCCAGUAACAGGACAUUUGUAGUACAUUCAUACAUUGGAAGAAUGGACUCAGCAUUUAAAAGAAAUGAACUAUGCAAUAACAUCGUGUGUCUUUAAAACAGGAGUGGAGCAAAAGAAGUACAAACAAUACACACUUUAUGAUUCCAUUUGCAUGAGAUUCAAGAACAGGCAAAACCAAUCUCCUGUGAUAAGAAGUGGUUGCCCCUGCCUGGGAUUGGGAGGAUUGACUGGGAAAGGGUAUGAGAGAAUGUUCUGGUGUGCUGCAAGUGUUCUAAUUCUUGAUUGGAAUGGUGCUGUACCCUUAAGAUAUAUUAUGAGCCUUUUAUUAAAUUAAAUCUCGAUUGAAAUAUGUACGUAUGUAUACAUGUAAAUAAAUACACAUACUUAAAUUUCUAAUCGAAUAAAGGAAUCUAUUGCAAGGAGCCAGGCUCCCCUCAGUCCACUGAAUUUCACACUUUGUCUCUGCCCUUCAAAUACUUGGACUUCGUGCUUUCAUAAUGGAGUGAUGCUGCAAGUUUGAACCUUGUGCAAUCACCCCCAGGUCAUUUUCCUCUAGCUUGCCCACCAUCACCGACACAAUGCCGCAUCUAGUCACUCUGGCCAAGACAGGAGAAAGUUUGGGAGGCAGGUUCAACUUGGUGGGGAAUUCCUCUCCCCCGCACACUUUCCAACACAGGGCUGUGGGUCACAGCCUGUGGGGCAUGAAUCAGCCUCCCGGGCUCCGCACAGGCACGCUCCGCCCCGUCCGGGGUCGGGAGGACACUCACCCUACAUAAAGCAGGCACCCACCACAUCGGCACCCAGGCUGCCUGGAGGCUGGACUCCGUGCACCCUCUUCCCGCCGGCACAUUCAAGGAACGCCUCGCCCCGAGGGCCACUCAAACCGGACAGCAUGGACUCUACUCGCCCCCUCGGGCUGUUGCUUCUGCCGUUGCUCCUGAUGGGGACCGCGCUGGGCAACAGUGAUCAGGAGGCGCCAGAAGGAAACAAUGCAGACAUCUGCCUCCUGUCCCCCGACGUGGGGCCGUGCCGGGCCCGGAUCCCCAGUUACUACUACGACAGGUACACGCAGAGCUGCCGCAUGUUCUUCUACGGGGGCUGCCAGGGCAACGCCAACAAUUUCGAAACUUUGGAGGACUGCAACGAAGCUUGCUGGAGGAUAGAGAAAGUUCCGAAAAUUUGCAGGUUGGAAGUCAGUGAGGGGCAGUGUGGAGUGCGCACAGGAGAGUAUUUCUUCAAUCUAAGUUCCAUGACAUGUGAAAAAUUCAUAUCUGGCGGGUGUCACAGCAAUAAGAACAGGUUCCCGGACGAGGAUACUUGUAAGGGCUUCUGUGCACCAAAGAAAAUUCCGUCAUAUUGUCACAGUCCGAAAGAUGGGGGACUAUGCUCUGCUAAUGUGACUCGCUAUUAUUUUAAUCCAAGACACAAAGCCUGUGAGACCUUCACUUAUACUGGCUGUGGAGGGAAUGACAAUAACUUUGUUAACAUGGAGGCCUGCACAUAUGCUUGUAUAAAAGCUGUGAGGAAGCAAAAGGAUAAGAAGACGCCGAAGAUUGUCUUUGCUCAUAGAAGGGUGAAAACUUGGAAGAAGUAAUUUUAACCUUUUUUCCUAUAUGUCAUCUUGUGGAGCUAUUGCCUCUAUGGUUAUAUCUGAAGAAGAAUAUGGUGAUAUGGGGAAAUGAAUCAUUAAUGAUUUAUACACCAGUUUUUAUUGCUACAGGUUACUUUUUUGUGUAUUUUUACACAUAACUAGCUGCUAUUCAAAUGUGAAUCUAUUAUUUUUAAUUUACUGUUCACAUAUAUUUUAAUGUAGUUGAAUUCUUGCUGUGCAUAAGAUAUAAAAGCAAAUAUGAUUCACCCA